CGGACUAGCACUCUGUGCGGACUCGAAGUCCGAAAUGCUUGUUCGCAACGUCGUCGCUGCGGCUAUUGGUGCAGUUAUGCGCCGCACCGCAUCUGAGAACAAAGGGAAAAACAUGGCCCUGGCGGAUCCAUAUCAAAGAGACUAUGGCACCGCAACACGUUCGGACCGACGACCCUCAUUUUCGGGUUCGCGCUCAGGGGAGCGUCUGCAUAGUGUACCGGAAGACGUCAAUGACAGCCCGAGCGAUUAUGGAGGCGGGCCAUCCGUGUGGAACCACGCGGAAGAAGAUGGUAAUGACGAUCCCAUUGACCCGGAACAAGAAGACUGGGAGGACAUGCAAUAUGACUACAGACGUGCCAUACGAAUAUAUUGCAUUGUUCCUAUAGGCUCUGCCAUAUUCUUCGUGUUUGCUGCUGUCAUACCUGAACUCAUUGCUCGACGCUCACUCCCGUCUGCGCCGACCUUCAUGCGUAUAAUUCUUUCUAUAAUUCUAUCCGCAUCUCUCUGGACUCUCAAUCACGCCCUCCGUAUUCCGCUUUACUCCACCCUGAACAUUCUACUAUCAAAUGUCUUUACCUGGGUUUCGACUACUCUUCGCCUGGAUGCACAGCGAGCUAGGCGGCUUUUCACCGCGGGAUUCGUUACAUCCUUAACUUCUCUUAUUCACGUGUUUCUCAUGACCUUCUUGCAAGAAGCUCUUCGUAUUGCGUCAUUUGCAAUUGUUGACCUUCAUUGGCAUCGAGACUAUCGUUCACGUCCAGCAAACCAUCAACCACGAACACGAGAUGCAGCUUUCCGUGAAGUCUGGUGGCUUGCAUUAGGUUGGGCAUUGGCCGAAGUCUGUGCAGGAGUUAUACAAGGUUAUGAACAGCUUGCACUUUAUGCCGACAUGGACUCAGCAGAGCAGACCAUAGAGUCUACUCCUAACAAUGGCGACGAAGAAGUGACAGGAAACGGUUUAGGCAAGUUGGUCAUUGACGAGGAAGCGGUGGAUCUCGUUAGCCGGAGCAUGCCUUGUGUUGACAUGUCGGAUGACGACGACGUCGAAGCCGUAAAGUCUGUAACACGGAGCGAGAUUGACUUUGCCCUUACGCGACUUGCGAAUAUUCGUGCUCGAGACGAUCUUGAGGAUCUGUAUGGCCAGCCUUACAUCGAAAUUCCAGUUUUCAUCCCCCUCCUCCAGCGCCUGGACUCAAUCCUCCUUUCACUCGGAAUCACGCUUCUCCUCGCCGCAGCUUACCUACCAAAACCGCCGUCCGACUCUACGCUAACGUCUCAUCCGCAUUCACCUUUCCCGUCAAUAACCCAGCCUGCUCUUCACAUCGACCUACUCACUAUCACUCCAACAUAUUUCGUAGUCACAUUUCUUCACGCCAUUCUCGGUGCACUGUACGCUUCGCCCAUCCUCCCGCGAAUUGGUAUUCCCGCUGCCGCUUAUACAAGUUGUAUAGUUGGGUUGGCUCUAACCUUUGCGGGUGUUGGUAUUUGGGCUGGAGUUUGGUGA